AUGAAGCUCGUUUUUGCGACCACCUUCGCCCUGGUGGUAUUUUUGUACCUGGAGCAGGUGGAAUCGUCUGCCUAUGACAAAAUCGUCUCGCACAGCCGCAUCAGGGCCAAGAAGCAGGGGCCCAACAUGUGCGCCCUUCAGCAGGUCAUAGGAACCAAGAAGAAGUAUUUCAGCACGUGUAGGAACUGGUACAAGGGAAGCAUCUGCGGCAAGAAAGCGACGGUGUUAUACGAGUGCUGUCCCGGGUACAGGGACCUGAAAGGAAUGCAGGGUUGCCCCGCAGCGAUCCCCAUCGACACGGUCUAUGGAACGCUGGGCCUGCUGAACGCCGAUAUCACCCAGCAGUAUUCGGACCUGGCUGAGAUCAGCACGGAUCUUCAGGGAGCUGGAUCCUACACCAUGUUCGCUCCCAGUGAUGAUGCCUGGGAACAAUUAGAGGCUACUGCAAGAAACGCACUUGUGAACAACAAGAAGACGGAGCUGCGCGACGCUCUGCACUACCACAUGGUCAACAAGCGUCUUCUUACCAAAGACCUGAAGAAUGAAAUUACCCUGCAGUCCAUGUACAACAAACAAGGACUGUACGUCAACCACUACUCCAACGGGGUCGUGACCGUUAACUGCGCCAGGAUCAUUCAUGCCAACCAGGUGGCCACAAACGGGGUGGUUCAUGUCAUCGACCGGGUCAUCAGCGCGGUGGGAAACAGCAUCAAAGAUGUGAUCAAAACGCACGAGGAUCUCAGUUCAUUCAGUACUGCAGCCAACAUUGAAUCAAGCUUGUUAGAAAGACUUGGCGAGCCUGGACACUACACCCUCUUUGCUCCGACCAACAAAGCCUUUGAAAAGGUGGACACAAAAGUCAUCGAACGAGUGCUAAGUGACAAGACUGCGCUCCAAGCCUUUUUGAAGUAUCACCUCCUGAGCUCGGCUCAGUGCUCAGAGGCCAUCAUGGCGGGCACCGCGUUCGAGACCCUGGAGAGCAGCUACAUCGAGAUGGGCUGUAACGGUGACAGUCUGACCGUGAACGGCAUUAAAAUGGUGCUGAAGAAGGACAUCGUCACCAGCAACGGAAUCAUUCACCUCAUCGACCAAGUGCUGAUGCCUGACUCAGCUAAGCAGGUGACGGAGCUGGUCGGUGACUCUCAGCGUAUGUUCGGUGAUAUGGUAAACGAGAUGGGUCUGUCUGCCGCCAUGCAAGCUGAAACCGAUUACACCCUGCUCGCCCCUCUCAACGGCGUCUUCUCUGAUGAGAUCAUGUCUAUGGACCAGCGUCUGCUGAAGAUCAUCCUGGAAAACCACAUCCUGAAGCUCAAGAUCACGCUCAGCGAUCUGUACAACGGCCAACUGCUGGAGACGCUGGGAGGGAAGAUGCUUCGAGUCUUUGUUUAUCGCACGGCCGUGUGUAUUGAGAACGCCUGCAUGAUCCGAGGCAGCAAGGAAGGAAGCAACGGUGCCCUGCAUCUGAUAAACUCGCUCAUCCGACUGCCGCAGACCACCAUGUACGAGACGCUGGAGGCAGACGGACACUUCUCAAUCUUCCUGAUGUUGAUGAAGGAAGCCGGGCUGACCGAGAUGUUAAAGCAUGAGGGGGGGUACACCGUGUUCGCACCCACCGAUGAAGCCUUCAAGGAUCUGACACAGCACGACAUCAAACUUCUCACCAGCGACGUAAACGCUCUGAGGACGAUCCUGCUUUAUCAUUUCAGCAGCGGCGUCUUUAUUAAUGGAGGUUUGGAGGGUGGAGUGACCAACCUGCUCAGAACCAUUCAGGGGAACAACCUUCAAGUGCUUUCUGUCAACAGGUCCAUCAACGUGGACUCGGUGAACGUAAGAGAAAACGACCUCAUGGCCUCUAACGGAGUGAUUCAUGUGGUGAAGAACCUGCUCUACCCUGCAGAUCUACCAGUGGGCAGUGAGGAGCUGCUGAUCCUGCUGAGAAAGCUGAUCAAGUACAUACAGAUAAAGUUUGUGUACGGAUACACCUACAGAGAGAUCCCGCUCACCUUCAUUAAUAGAAUUAUCACCACACAAGUAUAUGAAACAGUCCCAGAGAUUAAGGUGAUAGAAUCAGAGCCUGUGAUCACCGAAAUCACCAAGGUUUUCGAGACCGAGCCGACCUUCACCAAGGUCAUGCGUGUCGUCGGGGUGGAACCGUCGGUCACCAAGAUCACCAAGGUGAUCGAGACGAAGCCGACCGUGAGAGAGGUGGUGAUCAAGGGCGAGCCGAGAAUCACCAAAGUUACACGGGUCAUCGAAGGAGAGCCAUCGAUUACCAAGCUCACGACGGUCAUUGGAGGCCAAACUCACCACACCACCACCUCGACAGGCAAAGAGAUUGAGAGUGAACUUCAGAAGUUUCUGGAUGAGGACCUGUCCAAGGUGAAGAAGGUUCUGGAAAGUGAGCUACACAUGCAGGAGAAGGAGAUCCAAAAAAUCAUCGAGGGGGGUGGUGGAGGACACACCACCAUCACCAAAGUGAUCAGACCAGAGCCUCAGAUCAUCGAAGGAUCAGUGAUCAUGUCUUUCAAAAAUAAUCCUGAUCUCAUUGUGGAGGAAUCGGAGAGGAUCGCCAAAAUAAUCAAAGGAGGUGGGGCUCUGAAGAGAGAUGCGUCCAAGAGAUCACCAGCAGGUAUGAGGAGGAGACCCAAACAUUUCUCCAGAGUGCGUCAGCCAUCCCAAAAACAGACGGCAUAGCUUACGUGUGUACGUCCAGAUAACUGAUCUGGGAUCAGAGUUUGUCUUUCCAUCAGAUUCACACAUUCAUGUAAACAGCAGUGAGGGGAUUGUUCAGGGGCUUGAUUUGGAACCACUGAGCCUCAGUUUGCUCUGUUUUAAAUGCUCUGUGUUAAAUUGACUGUAUGAGUGGACUAGCUGCUGGUCAGAUGCAGGUUUAACCCAUGAUUCUUUUAUUAUGAUUAAAAUGUCUUCCACAGCCUGGUGUGAGAGUAUCUAAUAAGCACGGGCUGCUCCACAUCAUUUCCAAGCAUAACAUGAAGACCAACAAUGUUAAUCCUUGAUGAUGAUCCAUUCAUAAAUAUAUACGCAUAAAAAGAGCAAUUUAUGCCUCCUGUAUAAGGUUGGUCGAGCUGGUGGUGGUGAUGGACGGGGGGCGACGACAAGAUUAUUAUUUUUAUAUACUGUGUAAAUCAGUGUGUAAAGCUGUUGUACAAGCUGCACAUCUCUGUUACACUGUGGUGCUGCAAUCAUGCCAACUUAAAGCAUAUUUUAACCACAUUAGAAUGUGGUUUGUACAUUAUAUUCAUUCGUAUGCGAUCGUAACUGUAUUUUCUAUUCCGUGUGACGUCUUU